GAGAAAAAUCGCUCUUAGAGCCCGUCCAUGAGGGCUGAGAGCAGCGAGGGAAGGGCAGAGCUGCUCCCGGAGCCCGUGAGGGGCGGGCACGGCCCUGGCUGGGGGAGCUGCCGGGCACGGAGCCGCUGCAGGGCUGGAGCCGGGCUGGGAGAGCUGAGGGAGAGAAUCCAGGGAGGGCUCAGAGCCCUGCCAGGGCAUGGAGGGGCUCCAGGAGAGCUGCAGAGGGACUGGGGACAAGGAUGGAGGGACAGGACACAGGGAAUGGCUCCCACUGCCAGAGGGCAGGGCUGGAUGGGAUAUUGGGAAUUGGGAAUUGUUCCCUGGCAGGGUGGGCAGGCCCUGGCACAGGGUGCCCACCCUGGAUCCCUGGCAGUGCCUAAGGCCAGGCUGGACAAUGGGGCUGGGAGCAGCCUGGGGUGGUGGAAGGUUUUUUCCCACUAUCUCAUUUAACCAUCCUCUCUUUCCAUUUCAGCUCAUUCCCCCUUGUUUUGACACUACCUGGUGUUGUAAAUAGUCUUACCUUUUCUUCCCUGUAAGUUCCUUUCAGACACUAGAAAGGGGGAAAUUUGAUUAUUUUUUUAAUGAAGAAUUUUAUCCAAGCAUUACUGUAAUCCACUACAGAUUUGCAAAGAGUGCUGCUCAGAUUUCACAGCUGAUGUUCAAUGCUAGUUGGUUCUGUGCAUUUCCCCUGUGGAUCUGAGCCUGUGCUGCUCUAAUCCCUGCUUUGGUUUGAUCACGACUGAGUUGUGAUUUUACCCACCUGUUGUGGUGGUUAAAUCUGUGCUGUCCCAUGGCAGCCGCCCCAGCAGAGAGCUCCAGGAGCCAUGGGAAGGGGCUGGAGCGGAGCCAGAGCCGCAGCAGCUCUGCCUUGGACUAUUCAGGAGACACCUUUGAGUCCUUCAGCGAGGAGGAGGAGAGUGAAGCACCUGGAUCCUGGUGUUCCACAGAGGAUUUGGAGGGGGCAGCUGUGUCAGAGGCUUUGGAAAGCUCAGCAUCACUGGCAGGCCAAAGUGCUGCAGAGGAGGAGUUUGAAGCAGUGGAUCCUGCAGCUGUGGAAAGAGCUGCCAUAGGAAAAUGGAUUGAUGCCAUGGGAAAGUGGAUGGAUCUGAAAAAUAAAGACACUGGGAUUAGGCCAGACAAAUCUGCCAUCACAACUCCUGCUGGAGUUUCUGGGCUGUCCCAGGCCGAGCUGGGAGCCCUGGGCCGUUUCUGCAGCAGCAGGAUCAGCAGCAUCCAGCAGCAGCAGCAGCAGCAGGCACGCAGGGCCAGGAGGCUGCACUGCAGGGCCACAGCAAGGCAGGCUGAGCCAGCACAGCCCUGUGCUGUUCCUGCCCAGCUGAUGAACAGGAUCCUGCUGGAAAACACCAGGGAGGCUCUGAAACAGGUGACAGAAGCUGAAAUCCAUGAGGUUUCAACCUGUCCUGGCUGCCAGCAGAAGGAAGCAGAGCUGGCCAAGGUUGCCUUUCUCAGGCAAAAAAAGACUUUGCUGGAAGGUGCUUUAAUCCAAGAGAAACUGGAAGAACAGUUUUACUCCAGGGACAUGCUCACACUUCUAGGAGAAGCACUGAGAAGCUUUCCCAAACCUUCAGAGGAUCCCAGGGAUUUGUGGCAAAGGCUGAAGGGGUGGAAAGACUGAAUGGAUCAUAACUCCAGUGGGUGAAGAACUGGGAGAGCCUCCUGUGGGCAGUCAGCUCCAGAAUUCCAAUGAUUUUGGAUCUGAGCUGCUGUGGCAGUGAUGGAUUGGCUGCUGCUUUAAUAUUCCUGCAGGUGGAACCAGAUCUGCCUGCCUGGGCUGUGAGUCAACCUCUCCUCAAUGCAAAUGUUGCAGGAUAUUGUAAUCCAUCUCCAUGGGUUUCUCAGGUUCCAGAAACCAGCAGUUUCCAUUAUUAAUCUGGCAAGGCAGAAGAAUUGUUUUUUGGGGGAUUGCUGUGGGAUUGCAGAGCAGCUCCCAGCUGCCUCCAUCCAUAAGGAAAAUAAAUGAUUCUGUUUGCCAGGGCAGGGAGGUGUAAUUACUGCAUCUCAGCUCAGGCUUUGCCCACUGCCUCGUGGAAAAUUGAAAGUGAGAGCCCCAGGUGGAGGACAAAAAGCAAAGUUAACUAUAAAAAGCAGUAAAAUGAAAUGAAGUAUUUAUAGAAGGGAAUUAAUGAGGUUGUAACAGAAAUUAAUCAGCAGGACUGGGGGUGCCAAUGGGAUGAGAAAUGAUAAUAAAUCAAUCAUGGAAUCUGUAUAGGAUAGAGAAAAACAAGCAACAGAUGAAAACUGGGAGAAGAAUUGCAAGAAAAUACUUUGGAAUUUGUUGUAGUUUCUCAAGACGAGGAAAUCACUGUUGUUCAAAGAUGAUCUGGGGUUCAGUACACAUCCAAAUAAAUGGAAUUAUGAUGGGAAUGUUUGGGUUAGACAGUGAAAUCAUCCUCACUGUGCCCUCCAAAGCCUGGUGCUGCUCUGUGGGCAGCUCUGCAGCCCUUUGUGCCCAAAGCUGAGAGCAGGGGCUCAGCCAUGGCCUGACUCUCCUCAGCCUCCCAUUUCCUGACUUCUCUGCAUUCCCAUCUCUGGAAAUCCUAGAGGAAUACCCCUAUCUCGGAGCCCACACUGUGUUUUUGUGCCAAAGCAGAGGGAAUGAAAUCCCCCUGUUGCAUUUUCUUCCCCCAUUUUGGGACCAGAGCCCUCACUGCUGCCUUAAGGGGGGUUUGUAUUUCAUGGAAUUGUUUCCCUCCUCUGCUCUGGAUUGUUUAUCAGAGUCCUUGAGGGCUGUGCAGCCUCUUGUUCUCCCUUCCCACAAACCAUGGAAAACCUGGAGGGAAAUGCUGGGAUAUAAACAGACGUGUUAGCAAAGUUCUGCCUUCUGCUGCUUAAAAAUCUGCUCAGAGUGCUUUCCCUGGGAGUGGAUCCUGAGCAGGGGGAGCCCAGCCCAGCCCUGAGUUCCUCAGUGCUGCUUGUCCUUGCAAACACCUUCAGUAGUCCAUAAAAUACUGCCCCAACAGCAUCCCCUUUGGAAUUGUCCCUGCAGGACACUUGGAUAAUGAAUAAACUCUGCUUGUUCCUUCCUGUUGCUCUGGCAUCCUUGGAAAUGUUUAAAUCCCUUAAAUCUCCUGCUUUCCAGUCUCCCCCUGGGUGCCCCACUGUGGGAUCUCAGCACCUCAGCACUGAGGUGUCACCGAGAGCACCCUUGGGGGGCUCGGGAGUCCUGGAAUGUUCCAGAAGUGUCUGGUGGCUGGACUUUGAUCCUACACAGGAGACGACACCUGUAUGAGGAUAGGAGGGUUUCACCGGGGUGAAUGGUGAAGGGAUU